AUGACGAUCAACGUCCCAGGCCUUCUGGCCAUCAUAUUCUUCUACGUGAUCAUCCUUGUGGUGGGCAUCUGGGCCGGCCGCAAGACCAACGCGCCCCGCCGAGGCACCUUAUCAGUGAGCGUGGGCGAGCAGUCCAACAUAAUGCUCGCCGGAAGAAACAUCGGUCUGUUCGUCGGCGUGUUCACCAUGACCGCGACCUGGGUCGGAGGUGGUUACAUCAACGGUACCGCAGAAAUUGUUUACAGGGACGGUCUCGCUUGGUGCCAGGCACCCUUCGGAUACGCCCUCAGCCUGCUCAUCGGCGGCUACCUGUUCGCGGUGAAGAUGAGGAAAGCCGGCUACAAAACGAUGCUGGACCCUUUCCAGCAGCACUUCGGCGCCCGCAUGGGAUGCCUGCUCUUCCUGCCGGCCCUGUGCGGCGAGGUGUUCUGGUCGGCCGCCAUCCUCGCUGCGCUCGGCGCCACAGUGGAGGUUAUCAUGGACUUCGAGCGCACAGAGUCGGUGGUCGCGUCGGCGUGCAUCGCCCUUUUCUACACGUUCACGGGCGGCCUCUACUCGGUCGCCUACACGGACGUCAUCCAGCUGCUCGCCAUCUUCUUUGGCCUGUGGCUGUCUGUGCCGUUCGCCAUGUUCCACGAGGCAGUAGGCCCGAUCUCGUACCCGAUGAAUGACUUCGUGGGCAGCGUGGAGUGGAAGGACUUCGGCACGUACUGGGACUCCAUGCUGCUGCUCAUGAUGGGCGGCGUGCCCUGGCAGGUGUACUUCCAACGGGUCCUCUCGAGUCGCACGGCCGAGGGCGCCGAGCUGCUGUCGUACAUGGCGUCUUUCGGGUGCCUCUUCAUGGCCAUCCCGCCCGUUAUCAUUGGUGCCGUCGCCAAGGCAGCCAAUCUGACGCAGGCGGGCUAUACGAAGGCCUUUCCGCUGACGGGCGACGCGACAUCGCUGACGCUGCCGCUGGUGCUGCAGUACCUGACGCCGGGCUUCGUCUCCGCCAUGGGACUGGGCGCUGUCUCCGCAGCGGUGAUGUCCUCCUCGGACUCGUCCAUCCUCAGCGCGGCCUCCAUGUUCGCCUGGAAUAUUUACAAGCUCGGCAUCAGGCAGAACGCUACGGACAAGGAGGUGAUCGGCGUGAUGCGCGUGUCCAUCGUGCUGGUGGGCGCGCUGGCCACCUUCAUGGCGCUCACGGCCGAGUCGAUCUACGGCCUGUGGUACCUGUCCUCGGACCUGGUAUACGUAAUUCUCUUCCCGCAGCUCGUCUGCGUGGUGUACCUGAAGGAGCACGUCAACACGUACGGCUCGUUCGCCGCCUACGUUGUGGGCGGCUUCUUCCGCGCGGGAGCCGGCGAGUCCCUCCUCAAGAUACCGCCCUUGAUCAAGUACCCCUUCUACGACUACGAGAACAACAAGCAGCGUUUCCCCUUCCGCACCUUCUCGAUGGUCGUCAGCUUCUUUACCCUGCUCGCGGUGUCUGGCGUCGCGUCGUGGCUUUUCGGGACGGGACGCUUGCCUCUCGACUGGGACGCGUUCAACUGCUUCCAGCCCGACGCCAAGGCGCCCGAAAAGAUGCCCGCCGUAAUGGGCGCGGAGAUGAAGUCGUCCGGUGGCGCGGCUAUGGCCCCAGCGUCCAAGGCUCCCGAGGCAACGGCGACCUCUACGUCACAGACGCCCUUAGCUCCUGGGGAACGUGCGCCGGGAGCUCCGGGGUCAUCGACGCCGUCCGGUACGGUCGCCGACGCUAUGGCUCCAGUGGCGCCUGCCAUCGCCUCUGAGGAGAAGAGCGCGGACCUCACGUUCAAGAGUCACGGCAAACCUAAUCCGAAGACCGAGGAGCCCAGCGACAUGUCUUCCACCAAGCGCAAGCGCAAGAAGAGCCGGCGCCCCAGCGAGGGGUCUCGCAAGUCGGCGCGCAGCGACGUUUCUCAGGCGGCGUCGGCCGCCUCAUCCGCCGAACGUGGACCCACGCCCGGAACCGCCAAGAAGCCCUGA